AAAGAGCGAACAGGUACUUCUCUCUCAACACUGACAGCAACAGUUUAAGAGCUUUGAACACCUUGGACUUCAGCUGCCAGACUCACAGUUCCUGUGGCAAGUACUGUUGUCUCCCAACACAUUCCAGGAAGAGAACUGACUUCAAUCUUUCAAGAAUUUCUUACUUGGGUUAGAAGAAAGCCUGGAAAACUUACUAUAAAAAAAUUUAGCAGAAAGAUUAACCUGAUAACCGAAGCAAAAAGAUGAGCCUUGUCAAAGAGCGUAAGCCAAAAAAACCUCAUUAUAUUCCAAGGCCUCCAGGAAAGCCAUUUAAGUACAAGUGUUUUCAGUGUCCCUUUACUUGCAAUGAGAAGUCACAUCUUUUCAAUCACAUGAAGUAUGGGCUCUGCAAAAACUCAAUUACUUUAGUGUCUGAACAGGAUCGUGUCCAAAGCAUCAAAUGUUCAAAAUCUAGUUCCUUGGACCCUAAGCAGAUCAAUCAAGCAGAACCUGCUACCAAGCCAAUUUCCACUAAACCCCUCUCAAAUCUGGAUUGUAAACCUCAGUACGUUUUUGCCAAAGAUGAUGCCAAGGAAAAUAUGGACAUUCAAAACCAAGCAACAGGUAAACCAGUAAAUGGGCAAAAACCACUGAUUCAGAAGGAAUUAAGUCCCAUUAGCAAUGAAGCAGCAAGCACAACUAACGUGCAGCCUAGUCUUGAAGACAGUGUGAGACCCUCUGCUUUUGUGCCUGUAGGAGAGCAUCGACACAGUAAAGACAGUAACGAUCUCUCUCAACUGUCAUCUCUUUCUGAUUCAAGCAAAGGCCCUCCUUUCCACACAAAGUCAGCAUUUCAUGCUCCAAACCACCCAUGGAAAACCAGUCCAGGCCUUAUCACACCAGAUUUUACCCAUAAAAUUCCACCUGCAAAAGGAUUUUCUUCCAUUCCAUCUUAUAUGCAGCCUAUUAUUCCAGAGUAUUCACCUCCAUUCUAUGAGCAUGGACUGGCUAUCUAUGCACCUUACUUCCUUCCCGGUAACUCUCAGGAAUGUGAAAAUUCAGUUCUCUCUGUCUACGGCUCCCAAGAUCAAAGACAUUUUCUUCCUCACUCUGGACCACUUCCUAAACCAAUCAAUCCAGCAACAUAUGAACACUACAGAUUAUUUCAGCAAUAUCAUCCCAAUCCCCCAGUACCAUAUGGAUUUUGUAGGCCAACAGAAUCAGCAUUUUACAGGCUUCCACACAUUGCAAGUAUCAACAGAGAUGCAAGUUCUCAUUUAAUGGAAGAAACAACCUUGCUGUACCCAGUUUCUCCAAGCCCUGCCAGGUUACAUCUGUUGAAUUCUCAUAAAAAACCAGCUGAUUAUGAAAAAGAAAUUCCUUUGCUGCAUACCAAAGGCAAUUCCAAAGAAGACCAAAAUGAAAGAGAAAAUGCCAAAAUGAGCCCUCGUGCUGGAAGUGCAGCAACAGGGUCCCCUGAAAGACCCAGCCCAACAAACUUCACUCAGACAAGUCAUGCUUGUGAAGGCUUGUUUGAUCUUUCCAACAAGGCACCUUCCAUUAGUAUUAGCAAAUAUGAUCAACCUCAACCAGAAGAAAAUUAUACAGCAUUCAGACCUGUGAGGAAAAGUACCGACCAAUCCACCUCGUCUUCGUCAAAUGAAGAGAGAGAAAACACACCCAGAAGUGGUGAUGUCAACGGUGAAAAUGAAACUCUAGAGCAUUCAAGUGAUGGUGAUGAGGAUGCCCUGUCCAAUUCUGAUGAGGACACAGGAAUAGCACCACUUAACCUUUCUAAAAAGCCAGACGCAAACAAUGUACAUGAGUGUUUGUUCAAAAACAUUCUCCACGUGAAAAACCAGAACUUUGCAGAACUUCAGGAAAUGCCUCUGAAUCUCUCUGUAAAAGACAGCUGUAAUUUAAAAUCAGAACACCAGAACUCAUCUUAUGAAGUUGAAAAUCUGGAACCUCUAAAAACAGAAAAUGAACGUUUGGGAACGGAGAUGUGCAACCUUAAAAAUCCCAUGGACAAUAAUCCCUGCAAUAAGCCUCUCGUUGUGAUGCAAAGGCAAGAAGUUCAGGAAAUCAGGACAAUUGACAAUUGUGAUGAGCAAAAACAAACCGCGGCUGUUGCACUCUGUCAGUUAGCUGCCUACAGUCCUAAUAAAGUCCAAAUGGAAAGUGCAGAAAAAGGUAAUCAGGACAAUUCUCAAUAUACAGAAAUUACUCCCGAAUCUUUAAAUACUCAGGACAAUCACUGCAGUCAAAAAGCUAAAGGACAAAAAAGGACCAAUCAAAGAGAAGGGGCAAAACUGCAGCAAGGUGCAAAAAAGGUAAAAACAAAUGACUGCAGUAGGGUGUUUACUCUGAGGAAGAGAAACAGGGUAUCAUAAUAUUUCACUUUCUAAUGCACUACCCAAGCAGCUUUCAACUAUGCUACGCUUCCACCUUUUUCAGCAUUCUUAUUUUUCAAUACGGCUGAUUUGUUUGAUCCAUCCAAAAUGUAAUAUGUAACUAUAAACUAUCCUUUAUUUUGUAUUUAUGUUGUAAAAUAACCCAGAUAUUCCAAGUAUAACCUGUUUUUCCUAUGUGUACGUUUAAAUGUAAACUGAAGCGAAUGCUGUAUUUCUUAAAUGCACUAUGGAGGGAUGAUUUAUGUCUGCUUUUAUAACCAAAGAUGUAACAUUUAGAAGCAAAAAUGCCUUGUUCAUCACAUAUUAGUGUCAUAAUAUGUCUGUGACUUAUUUCAGUCGUUUCUUUUUUUCUGAAGUUCUGUUAUUCAGUAAGGUUGUUUUCCUCUAUAAUUUAACUAAGUAUGAAAAUCUCAUAUUUUUAACAGCUGUGUUCUGAAAGACAAUAUGCUUUGAUGGGGAGAACUUCCAUUAAUUCUUGCUAACAUUCCAAUUUGUACAAAUUUUACGUGACAUCAAAUGGUCAAACCGUUCUGCAAACCUUCUUUAUGGUGUAAGCAUGACUUAUUACCAACUCAAAAACAAAUAUGAAACUGCUUUAACAUUACAAUUCUAAACACUGAUGCAGGCUGAAAUCCUACUGUGACACUAGUAUAAUGGGUGCCAUUGUGUACACUGGCAGUGGCAAAGAAAUAACACGUCACAUCUUCAAAAUUAUUUUAUUAGCUUAGCAAGACUUAGGACAAGAACAUAGCAAUCAUUUAUAAUGGAAGGAUUCCACGGUUAUUACUGGCAAUACAACAUUGUCAAUGAACUGUCAUCUAAAUGUUGCUCUACUGUCUUUGUACCUUCUUCAAAAAAUGAUUAUUUAAAAAACACUUUAAUACGUUUAAUUUAAAGUCCUGGAGUUCAGAUUUUCAAAGUAUUUCCAAAUGUUAAAGACAGGGAGCAGUGUUCCAAUACACAUGGUCUCUUGCUUGCUGGACAGCAUCUUUGGAAUCAGACACCCAGACUCUUAUUUAUUUUAUUCCCUAUUAAGAAGCAGCACUGCUGGUGAAGGUUUUAUAGCUAUUGCUGGCAUCCGUACUAAUUUUAAAGCACUAAACAGUGGCACGCUACUUUUUUUCUUUUGUAAACUUUCUGAAAGCAUUUUUCUAUUACAUUUUGCAAUAAAUGUUGUAUAUUAUACUUGCAAAAUAAUCAUUACAGUAUAAAUAAAACUGUUUAUGUUGUGCUUGUCUUAUGCAUCUUGCAGAGAAAAAUAAAAUCCACAUUUGAUUAUAAAG